CUCAUCGCUGCAUCGACCCCGCAUCCAGCGCCCAUCCCCCCCGCGGCUGCAAGUCCCUGCUCGUCGUCUGCUCUCGUUCGGCGGUCCCUGUCGAUCCCAUAGUGACCUCGGCGCUGCUAUCGCCUCUCGUCGAAUCCUCGCUCCGGCUCAGCCCUCCAUCCACACCUAAACGGCCGACUGCCUUGCCCAGCAAAUAUGUACAGCUACAUUCAAUACAUCCUCGACUGGCUCAGGUCGCUCUUCUUCAAGCAAGAGAUGGAGCUGACCCUGGUCGGUCUCCAAAACUCGGGCAAGACAACCCUCGUGAACGUCAUCGCCAACGGCCAAUUCACCGAAGAUAUGAUUCCCACCGUUGGGUUCAACAUGAGGAAGGUCACCAAGGGCUCUGUCGUGAUGAAGCUGUGGGACUUGGGUGGACAGGCCCGAUUCAGAAGCAUGUGGGAGCGAUACUGCCGAGGAGUCAAUGCCAUCGUCUUCGUCCUCGACGCUGCUGACCAUGCCAAGAUCGAGGCAGCCAGGACCGAGCUGCACGGACUCUUGAGCAAGCCCCAGCUGGCUGAUAUUCCCGUGCUUGUGCUUGGCAACAAGAACGAUCUCCCUGAGGCCCUCAACGUCGACCAAGUUAUCGACCGGCUGGGCCUCAAAUCCAUCACCAACCGCGAGGUCUCGUGCUACUCGAUCUCGUCCAAGAACCACGUCAAUAUCGACAUCACACUAAAUUGGCUGAUCAAGCACGCCAAGGCCGGCGCUAAGAAGACGAGCAACUAAGUUUGCAGCGAGCCGGCUUUCUGUCGACCUGCUCAG